AUGUCGGCGAAGCCCACGACCAAGAAGUUCGGGAAGUCGACCCGGGAGGUGCCCGCCUCCGCCGACAAGGCCAAGAAGUGGUACAACGCCGACGACGAGACCGAGGCCAAGAAGGUCCGCAAGGCCGUCCGCCCCUGGGCCCCUCGCCAGUCGCUGCAGCCCGGCACCGUCCUGAUCGUCCUCGCCGGUCGUUUCCGUGGCAAGCGCGUCAUCCUUCUCAAGGCCCUCGACCAGGGUGUCCUCCUCGUCACCGGCCCCUUCAAGAUCAACGGUGUUCCCCUGCGACGGGUCAACUCCCGAUACGUCAUCGCCACCUCCUACAAGGUCGACGUCUCCGGCCUGGACCAGAAGAAGGUCGAGGAGAUCUCCCAGCCCAAGUACUUCACCGCCGAGAAGGCCAAGGAGAAGGCCGGCGAGGAGGCUUUCUUCAAGCAGGGAGAGAAGCCCCAGAAGAAGCAGAUCACCAGCAGCCGCGCUGCUGACCAGAAGGCCAUCGACAAGCCCCUGAUCGCCAACAUCAAGAAGGUCGACAUGCUCGCCAGCUACCUCGGCAGCUCCUUCAGCCUGCGAAAGGGCGACAAGCCCCACGAGAUGAAGUGGUAG